UUUUUGCGCAAGGCGAAAGGACGGAACCGUGAGGGAGCUUUUGUGAGGGAGAAGAAGGAAGACCCGAGUCGGAGGCAGGCAGGCGGGCAGGGUUGUUGGCUCGCUCGCCCUGAGAGGACGCCUGAGGCGCGAUGCCCGUCGUGCAGAAAACCGUGUCCGAGCUGCGGUUCAGGGCGGAGGGCUAUGAGAAGACAGAUGAUGUUUCAGAGAAGACCUCACUAGCUGAUCAGGAAGAAGUGAGAACUAUAUUUAUCAAUCAACCACAAUUCUCUAAAUUUUGUAACAAUCACGUCAGCACUGCAAAAUACAACUUAAUCACAUUCCUGCCGAGGUUCCUCUAUUCCCAGUUCAGAAGAGCUGCUAAUGCCUUUUUUCUUUUCAUUGCAUUGCUUCAGCAAAUUCCAGAUGUUUCUCCAACUGGCCGUUAUACAACAUUGGUUCCACUCUUAUUUAUUUUAAUUGUAGCAGCUGUAAAAGAAAUAAUAGAAGAUAUUAAAAGGCAUAAAGCUGAUAAUGCUGUGAACAAGAAGAAAAUUCAAGUACUGAGAAAUGGAGCUUGGGAAAUUGUGCACUGGGAAAAGGUAGAUGUUGGAGAUAUAGUUUUAAUUAAAGGCACAGAAUAUAUACCUGCUGAUACUGUACUACUCUCAUCAAGUGAACCACAAGCUAUGUGCUACAUUGAAACAUCAAAUUUAGAUGGCGAAACCAAUCUAAAAAUACGACAGGGUUUGCCAUUGACAUCGGAUAUCAAGGACAUUGACAGCUUGAUGAGACUUUCAGGAAGAAUUGAAUGUGAAAGUCCUAACAGACAUCUUUAUGACUUUGUGGGAAAUAUCAGACUAGAUGAGCAUGGCACUGUUCCACUGGGUCCUGAUCAAAUUCUUCUGCGUGGAGCUCAGCUAAGAAAUACACAAUGGGUUCAUGGUAUAGUUGUCUAUACAGGGCACGAUACCAAACUCAUGCAGAACUCAACAAGCCCUCCUCUUAAACUAUCCAAUGUUGAAAGAAUUACAAAUAUUCAAAUUCUGUUUCUGUUCUGCAUUCUCAUUGCAAUGUCUUUGGUUUGUUCCAUUGGUUCAGCUAUAUGGAAUAAAAAACAUGAGGAGCGGGACUGGUAUAUCAAUUUAAACUAUGGUGGCGCUAAUAAUUUUGGACUGAAUUUCCUGACCUUUAUCAUUCUUUUCAACAAUCUCAUUCCAAUUAGCCUGUUAGUUACACUAGAAGUGGUUAAAUUUAUUCAAGCAUAUUUCAUAAACUGGGAUAUUGACAUGCACUAUGAACCUACAGACACUUCUGCCAUGGCUCGCACAUCCAAUCUCAAUGAAGAACUUGGGCAGGUCAAAUACAUAUUUUCUGACAAAACUGGCACCCUGACAUGCAACGUAAUGCAGUUUAAGAAGUGUACUAUUGCAGGAAUUGCUUAUGGCCAUUCUCCUGAAUCAGAGGAUUAUGGCUAUGCUACAGACGAGUGGCAAGGCUCACAACCUGGAGAUGAAAAAAUGUUCAGCGAUUCAUCAUUACUGGAAAACCUCCAAAACAAACAUCCAACUGCACCUAUAAUUUGUGAGUUUCUAACUAUGAUGGCAGUGUGUCAUACAGCAGUUCCAGAAAGAGAGGAUGAUAAGAUCAUUUAUCAAGCAGCUUCUCCAGAUGAAGGAGCAUUGGUUAGAGCAGCCAAGCACCUCCAUUUUGUUUUCACUGGAAGAACACCAGACUCUGUGAUUAUAGAAUCUCUUGGACAGGAAGAAAGAUAUGAAAUGCUAAAUGUGCUAGAAUUUACAAGUUCUAGGAAAAGAAUGUCUGUGAUUGUCCGCACACCUACAGGAAAAUUAAGACUUUACUGCAAAGGGGCUGACACAGUAAUUUAUGAUCGCCUGGCUGAAAAUUCAAGAUACAAGGAAAUUACCCUGAAACAUUUAGAGCUGUUUGCUACAGAAGGCUUGAGAACACUUUGUUUUGCUGUUGCUGAGAUUUCAGAAAACGACUACCGAGAGUGGCUAAACAUCUAUCAAAGAGCUGCAACUGCUGUACAAAAUAGAGCACUGAAACUUGAAGAGAGUUAUGAACUAAUUGAAAAAAAUCUUCAGCUACUUGGAGCUACAGCCAUAGAAGAUAAGUUACAAGACCAAGUGCCUGAGACAAUAGAAACUCUAAUGAAAGCAGAUAUUAAAAUUUGGAUCCUUACUGGAGAUAAGCAAGAGACUGCUAUUAACAUUGGGCACUCAUGUAAACUCUUGAGAAAGAACAUGGGGCUACUAGUCAUAAACGAAGGCUCUCUCGAUGCAACAAGAGAGACGUUAAGCAAUCAUUGCAGCACUCUUGGUGAUGCUUUGAGGAAAGAAAAUGAUUUUGCUCUUAUUAUUGAUGGCAAAACACUGAAGUAUGCAUUGACAUUUGGUGUAAGGCAAUAUUUCCUCGAUUUGGCUCUGUCGUGUAAAGCUGUUAUUUGUUGCAGAGUUUCACCUCUUCAGAAAUCUGAAGUUGUAGAAAUGGUCAAAAAGCAGGUAAAAGUGGUAACACUGGCAAUUGGCGAUGGAGCAAAUGAUGUUAGCAUGAUACAAACAGCACAUGUUGGUGUUGGCAUUAGUGGCAAUGAAGGGCUACAAGCAGCUAAUUCUUCAGAUUAUUCAAUAGCUCAGUUCAAGUACUUGAAGAACUUACUAUUGGUCCAUGGUGCCUGGAAUUAUAGCAGAAUUGCUAAAUGCAUCCUAUACUGCUUCUACAAGAAUAUUGUCCUUUAUAUUAUUGAGAUAUGGUUUGCAUUUGUUAAUGGAUUUUCUGGACAAAUACUGUUUGAAAGAUGGUGCAUAGGACUUUACAAUGUGAUGUUUACAGCCAUGCCCCCACUGACUCUUGGAAUAUUUGAGAGAUCCUGUCGAAAAGAAAAUAUGCUAAAAUACCCCGAAUUAUACAAGACUUCUCAAAAUGCCCUGGAUUUCAACUCUAAGGUUUUCUGGGUUCAUUGUUUAAAUGGCCUCUUCCACUCAGUAAUUCUGUUUUGGUUUCCACUAAAAGCCAUCCAGUAUGAUACUGUAUUUGCCAGUGGUAAAACUUCAGACUAUUUGCUUUUGGGAAACACAGUAUAUACCUUUGUAGUAAUAACUGUGUGUUUAAAAGCUGGAUUAGAGACUUCAUAUUGGACUUUGUUCAGCCACAUAGCAAUAUGGGGCAGCAUUGCACUGUGGGUAGUAUUUUUCGGAAUCUACUCUUCCUUGUGGCCUCUAAUUCCUAUGGCCCCUGAUAUGUCUGGGGAGGCAGUUAUGAUGUUCAGUUCUGGUGUUUUCUGGAUGGGCUUACUAAGCAUUCCACUGACAGCUUUGAUCUUCGAUGUAGCAUAUAAAGUAGUGAAAAGAGCAGCAUUUAAAACACUGGUAGAUGAAGUUCAGGAGUUGGAAGCAAAAUCUCAAGAUCCAGGAGCAGUUGUUCAUGGGAAAAGCUUAACUGAAACAGCUCAGCUACUGAAAAAUGUCUUCAAGAAAAACCAUGUCAACUUGUACCGCUCUGAGUCUCUGCAACAAAACUUGCUUCAUGGUUAUGCCUUCUCUCAAGACGAAAAUGGGAUUGUUUCACAAUCAGAAGUAAUAAGAGCCUACGAUACUACAAAGCAAAGACCUGAUGAGUGGUGAAGGACUAUGACACUGAGCCCUAAUACUUGCCAUAGUAUGGCAAAGUAAUAUAUAUUUCCUGGGUCUGCUAGCAAGGUCCAGCAACAGAUUAGAGGAAGAUGUGUGUUGUUACUCUUAUUCCCUGAAGUUUGAGUUCACAUACUGAGUAGACAUAAGCACUGUGCAACUAUACUGUAAUACACCAUCUCCAAAUUUUUCAACAAGUGUUACUUGGAUUUUGUAAGCAGAGAUUGAAAAUAGCUUUCAGCCUUUGCCAACUACUUAUUUACAGUGAUGCUGAAUACGUAACGUUCCUAUAUGUAUAUCCAGGACAUAAUGAACAGCCAGAUUACUCGACAUAGCAUACAUUGACAACCAUCGCCGUUGCAAAGGUUUGCGAGCGGUGAAUUAUUUAAAGUACCUAGCCUUUGAUUUCAACAAGUGCUAAAUAACAAUUUUUAAAUAUUCAUUUAUGUGUUGAAGUAAGAUUUCAAAGCAAGACAUUUAAAGGUACACGUGUCAAACUAGCCUAAAAAGUUUGCCAAAGAAUUUCCAUAUUUCUCAUCUUAGUAAUCAUUUGCGGAGAAAUUUUAAAGGGUGGCGACGUCAAGUGUGAUAGAAGAAUUGCAUGCUUGAAACUCUGUACUUGAAAAGUUUUACAAUAAUGUGAACUUGAUACUG